UGAAGGAAGCGUUCAGUCACCCAUCCUGUCUCCUAUCUUCCCACAGAGAGAGAGAGAGAGAGAGAGAGAGAGAGAGAGAGAUGGGUAUUUCUUGUCUGCCAUUAUCAUUUUGCAUGGGAGCCUUCAUCUUGGCACUCAUUUCUGUUUUACUCCAGCCUGAGCAUGUAGUUGCCAUUAAUGGUGGCAUUACCAGACACUACAAGUUUGAUAUCCAAAUGAAGAAUGUGACAAGAUUAUGCCGUACCAAGAGCAUUGUGACCGUGAAUGGGAAGUACCCAGGGCCUAAAAUCAUUGCAAGGGAAGGGGAUAGAGUGGUAGUUAAGGUGGUUAACCAUGUUCCAAACAAUAUUACCAUCCAUUGGCAUGGAAUCCGGCAACUAAGGAGCGGAUGGGCUGAUGGUCCGGCAUACAUAACCCAGUGCCCCAUACAAACUGGGCAGAGCUAUGUGUACAACUUCAACAUUAUUGGCCAAAGAGGGACCCUUUUCUGGCAUGCCCACGUCAAUUGGAUUAGAGCCACUGUUCAUGGGCCCAUUAUCAUCCUCCCUAAGCAAGGGGUACCUUACCCAUUUCCUAAGCCCCACAAGGAAGUCCCCAUCAUCUUUGGAGAGUGGUGGAACUCAGAUCCUGAGGCUGUCCUCAGGCAAGCUCAGCAGAGUGGAGGAGGCCCCAAUAUCUCUGAUUCCUACACCAUUAAUGGACUUCCUGGACCCUUAUAUAACUGCUCUGGCCAAGAUACAUUCAGGCUGAAGGUGAAGCCUGGGAAGACAUACCUCCUAAGAUUAAUCAAUGCUGCACUCAAUGAUGAACUUUUCUUCAGUAUCGCGAAUCACACAAUGACCAUCGUCGAGGCUGACGCCGUCUACGUGAAGCCUUUCCGCACAAACACUCUCCUUAUCACUCCUGGACAAACUACUAAUGUCCUUCUAAAGGCUAAACCUCACUUCCCCAAAGCCACCUAUUUAAUGGAAGCUAGGCCAUACUUCACAGGCCAAGGCACAUUUGACAACACCACCACAGCCAGCAUCCUUGAAUAUAAGCAUCCAUUGAACUCAUCCAUGUCCACUACUAAUAUCAAGAACCUCCCACUCAUUAGGCCAUCCCUUCCUUCCAUCAAUGACACUUCCCUUGCUGUCAACUUUAGCAGUAGACUCCGUAGCUUGGCCAAUGCUAAAUUUCCAGCCCAAGUUCCCCAAACAGUUGAUAAGCAUUUCUUCUUCACUGUGGGCCUGGGUUCAAGCCCAUGUCCAAAGAACCAAACCUGCCAAGGGCCAAAUGGCACAAAAUUUGCAGCUUCAGUGAACAACAUCUCUUUCGCACUCCCAAGUACAGCACUCCUUCAAGCCCAUUACUUUGGGCAGUCAAAGGGGGUAUACACCACAGACUUCCCAACCUCUCCUAUAUUUCCCUUCAACUAUACAGGCACUCCUCCUAAUAACACCAAAGUUACUAAUGGCACCAAGGUGGUAGUAUUGCCCUUCAAUACCAGUGUAGAGCUUGUGAUGCAGGACACUAGCAUCCUUGGUGCUGAGAGUCACCCUCUCCACCUCCAUGGAUACAAUUUUUUCAUUGUUGGACAAGGCAUUGGUAACUUUGAUUCAAACAAAGACCCUUCCAAUUUCAAUCUUGUUGACCCCGUCGAGAGGAACACGGUCGCCAUACCUUCCGGCGGUUGGGUCGCCAUUCGCUUCCUUGCAAAUAACCCAGGGGUAUGGUUCAUGCACUGCCAUGUGGAAAUCCACAUCGUAUGGGGAUUGAAAAUGGCAUGGGUUGUGUUGGAUGGGCAGCUCCCUAAUCAGAAACUAUCUCCUCCGCCAGCUGAUCUUCCAAAGUGUUGACAUUACUUAGCGGCUGCCAUGGAUUGAUGUUGCAAACAAUUUUCAUAAAUUAUUGUUGAGAAGAGCCUUUUUGUAACUAUUUUGUCUUGUCCAUUCUAGUUUUGUUGUUGUCAUUUUUAUACCCCCCCUUCUACUUAGAGGUUGAAUAAUUUUUUGUAUUUUCAAGAAUUUAUUGCUUGUAAUGCAAUAUGCCAAAUUCCUAAUAAUCAUAAUAACAUUUUUAUGAUUUUUCUCCCA